AUGGAGGCCCCCGAGGGCACGGUUGAGGUGUUGUACCCCCGCAGUGAAGCCGAAGCGAAAGCGAAAGCGAAAGCCAAGGCUGACGCUGAAGCUGAAGCCGAGCAAGAGGAGAAAUACCCUCCUAGGAGGAGGAGGAAGGCCGGCAGUACUGCUCCUGCUACCAACUGGCGGGGUGUGGUGGACUACCAGCGCAACCCAGCCCCCUCCCUCGAGGCAGGUGUGGAGCCCGUCCCUCCAGACGUGGCGGCCAAGGUCAAGGGGAACAACUUCUGGUUCAACGUCCGCGCGCUGGCCGGGUGCAAGAGCAGCGACCUGCGGCGGAUCGCCAACGAGUACGCUGUCGGCUCCCCUGAACAACAAGCGGCGGACACAGACAAUCCCUGUCGAGGCAACGCACUGAGCAUUGUCCUGUUGGGCUGCGAGAGCUACGACCGGUUGGUCAUACUCAACGGCAUCAUAGCCGCUGCCCUCGACCGUCAGCGGGGGGACAUUCCCGACUUGCAGCCACACCGGUUCUCGGCGCACACGAAGGGCUACACCCUCAGGCUGGAGAACGCCAAGCUACGAUUCACCGACGUGCGGUGGCUCACCCUCGACGAGAGCCUAACGAACGAGAUGGUGAGGUUGGCCCAGCGCGGAGCGACCAACGAGGAGCCGGCUGUGCCCUUGGUCAGUCCCGCGCGGGCGGUCCUGAAUGACAUGCGGGUCGAUGUGGCGCUGAUCGUCCUGCGCAACACCACCAGUGAAGAGGGGCUACGGCACUACAUCGACAUGGCCCAGUCGCUCGAUGAUGUGCCAUACGUGUUCGUGGUGGCUCAAGCAUUCCCCCUGCGAGAGUUUGACGAGCGUGGUUGGAGACGGAAGCUCGACAACACCUCGGCGCCCAUCGUUCCCCUCCAGUUCUACGACAAUCCGACGGCCGGCGAGUUGAUGAACAGUCGCUACCUCCACCUUCUCCUCCUCACCAUCUCCCAGGCCGAGAUCCGAGCCCACUUGAAAGGCAAGGAAUCGCAGGGUCUCCAAGCUGUGGAGGCUGCAGCCAGAGAAGCAGUGCCGGAUGCGUCAGAGCCGACUGUUGUCACCCCACGCGGCUCGAGCCCGGGCAUAACGGCGCUCCUUUCCUUCCUCUUGGGCGUGCUGAGCACCCUCUUCGUUGUCUUGCUCGUCCGCAUCCUCUCAUGA